CCUCGUGGCCUGGUUUGGUAAGAACAUAACCAAUAUUAUAACAAAGUCACAUGUUAUUAUAAUCACACAACAAAACCUCUCUUAACUGGUAGUUGUUGUUUUUGUUCCUAUAACUCAAACUCAACAUCUUCAUUCGCAUCAUUCACAUCCAAUUCUGGAAAUUAAAAUGGACUCAUCUCACUCUCAGUGGAUCCAACCCUUGGUUGCUGUCUCCGUCGGUUUCUUCAUCGCAUUCAGAGCUCACAGAAAAAAUUCCCUCAGCACUUCUGGAGCUCUCGCCGGUUUCUUCGUUAUGUCGCUUCAUAUUUUUGUAGGAUUCAGGUUUGCGGCGAUUUUGCUUGCUUUCUUUUUCACUUCGUCGACACUUACGAAGAAGGGACAAGAUAAGAAGCGGUUAAUUGAUCCUGAAUUCAAAAUAGGUGGACAAAGAAACUGGAUACAAGUUCUGUCCAAUAGUGGCAUUGCUUCUGUUCUGGUUGUAGCUUUAUGGGUUUUAACAGAAGGGAAGGAUUAUUGCUUGAACUCUAAAGACUCGCCUCUGAUUACCGCUCUUAUUGGUGGCGUUAUUGGCCAUUAUUGCUGCUGCAAUGGAGACACCUGGUCUUCAGAGAUUGGAGUUCUCAGUGAUGACCACCCUCGGCUUAUCACAACCUUCAAGCAUGUGAGGAAGGGUACAAAUGGUGGCGUAACAAAAACAGGACUUCUAGCUGCUGCAGCUGGUGGAAGUGUCAUUGGACUAUCAUAUUUUCUUUUAGAAUUUUCGGCAGUUAGGUGUGGGUCUGAUAGAUUUCUCAAGCAACUACUGGUCAUACCUAUCGCUACCACGGCAGGACUAGGUGGGAGUAUCAUCGACUCUCUAUUUGGUGCAACGUUACAGUUUAGUGGAUUCUGCUCUAUUCGCCAGAAGGUUGUUGGGAAGCCAGGACCAACUGUUAAGAAGAUUUCAGGUCUCAGCAUUCUUGACAACAAUGCAGUGAACUUUGUGUCCAUACUGUUGACCACGAUUUUAACUUCAGUAGCGUGUUUGUACAUAUUCUAGUUUCUGUCACGAACGCAGUUCUGUGGCUGAAAAACUUGUAAAAGAAUUCAAAAAGAAGGAAACCAAAUAAAGGCGCAUUGUGAUUCAA